CAUUUUAGCCACGUGCAUAAUAAAGUCAACUAGCGCGAUCUCUCCCUUCAACUACACGCGCAAGUGCACAACUGUCCUUUGCACGCCCAAAAAACGCAAGAUUACCCUCUUCCUUCACCAUCAUGGCAGACAACGCUGUAGUAUCUACCGACACUGGCUCUAGCCCCAGAGAACACAAUUCUGCCGGCGGGCCCAAGGCUAUCAUUAAGAACGUGGAUAUGACUGACGAGAUGCAGCAAGAGAGCGUUGAGAUCGCAUCUGCUGCGCUCGAGAAAUAUACCAUCGAGAAGGACAUCGCUGCACAGAUCAAGAAAGAGUUCGACAGACGACACGGCCCUACGUGGCACGUCGUCGUCGGAAAGAACUUUGGCAGCUACGUGACUCAUGAAACCAAGCACUUUAUCUAUUUCUACGUCGGAUCGCUUGCUAUCCUCAUCUGGAAGUCAUGAAACAAUUGUAGACUCACAUUGGAUAGAUCAAUGUGAGUUUUCUUACCCUCGAUCACAUGUCCCUUUCCUUAACCAUCAUA